CUCCUUCACUGCCAAACCUUAAAGAAUAGCAAGAGUUGACCGAGGAAGAGUGCUUAAAGGUAGUUCAUGAUCGGUGAUAGUUGGAAGGGAGAGAUAAGGGUUAUGGUCGAUGCUAGUGGCCUUUGAUUGAAGAGAAGGGUUUAAGUUGAAACCAUGGACACUUCGGGUUUAGGUUGAAGAUGUAGAACCUCACGUCAUGAUUGCCACCAUCCAAAAAGCCUUUUCCCCAUGUCCAAGCCAAUCGCCAGUCAUAUGAACCUGUGUCUAAGACCUCCGGACGAGCUAAUGGUGACAACCAUUCCGUGAACUCUAACAUUUAGAGGUUACCGCCGUGUUAUUGAGACGAUAGGGCCGAGAGGUUACGAUUGUGCACAUUUUUUGCACCAAAAAAGGUCCCGACCCCACUGGUCUUGAGAGUGAACGAUUUAUUCUUACUUUGCAUGUCAUAUCAUACCCCGGUGAGGACCUUCGUUGCCUUUCCAUUCAUUCCUCGGACAUGAAUUCCAUGCAUGUUUGGUUGUGGUUGAUAAGUGGUUUUGUUGAGACUUGCAUUUAGCCAUGAAUAAGUUGAGAACUUUUCGUUUGCCCGUUUUGGUGGCUUUGAAUGUCGUUUGUGGUGGAUGUCAGUAUUGCUUGAAACAGUUCAUGUGUUGAUUGUCAAUGAACAUCGAGAAUUCCCGCUUCGCGUCCUUUGAGUUGUCCCCAAAGCAUUUGUGUAGGUUCAAAUAUUACCGUGUGUAUGAAAUGGUUUUCUUGGGGACACGGAAACGUCUAUGUGUGGGGGAGUGAUUCGGGCCUAAUUCCACAUAUUCCCCCCCCCCCCCCCCCCCCCCCCCGGUUUGCUCAGAUGUUUGUGCCAAAUUCGCUCAUUAAAGGUUGGUUUUAUGCGAGGUUUUUCGUGUUUGAGUUCUUUUCAGGAUUUAACAGGUGGAACCAGCCUCGGAGUUGAAGGAUUGGCGAAAAAGGAUCGAAAACCGGGAGAAGAGGUGAAAAGGCGUAAGUUCACGGCUAAAGGCAGGAGUUCACGGUCGUGCAAGACCGUGAAGAAGUGGAGUUGACCGUGAAGCGCAAGGAGUCCAGAGCCAAGUUGAAGGUUACUUACGCAAGGCGAGUUCACGGUCACUAAGACUGUGAACACAAGCAGUUGCCCGUGAACUGCCGUGAUCGAAACCGGAGCGUUUUAGCGCAAGGCGUGAGUUCACGAACGCGUUUGAUGGUUCACGACCGUGAACUCAGCUCCUCUUGGGCUUAAAAGCUGAGCUACAAGGAGGAGAGAGGGGAAAGCCACUCUUGUGAGAGAAACACUUUCUUCUGCAUUUUACUGAGAAAAACAGAACCAAAGAGAAGGAGAGUUAAGGCUUGGCUUCAAAGGAGGUUUUGGGAAGAUUUCCCCAAGGAAAUCCUAGCUCAAGGAUCAAGAAGAGAGGAGGCAUUCCCAAAAGAUGGAUCCCACCUUUUCCCCCUUUGUUCUUCCCACUUCUUCCAUGGAGUAGUCCUCCUUUCACUUGGGUGUAGUGAAACCCUAAACCCUACCGUGUAGUUUUCUUGUAUGUGGUUUGGAUGAUUGAUUUGGGUAUUGUUCAAUUUAAUGUUUGAGGUAUUUUUCACCAUAAUUUUGCAUGCUUGUGCUUAGCAACUUGGGGGUUGUGCAUAUUUUGUGCUUAGGAUCCUAGGGAUUGUGCAUAAUUUUGCUUAGCACCCCUAAGUUUGUGCAUGUAGGUGCUAGUAACUAAUUUGCAAACUUAGCCUAGUUUAGAGAGGAAAAUCCCCCUUUUUAAGGGAGACUCAAUCGAGUUGGUUUCCUUGCGCUUUCCAAGCCACCUAAACUAGGUUGAGUUAGGGUAAUCCUCAAUAUUGAAUUUAACAAGUCGAUUAAUCAUGGUUAAACCGUCCGACCUUAGAGUUUAGUGAAGAAGUAAGCUGAUUACCGAUUGUCUAAACCGAGAGGGUCGAGUGACACGACCUUUCAUCCUCACCUCGGUUUAGCAAUCGAGAUUGUGGUCUCCGACCACAUACACUUUCAUCUGCGGUUCAUGAUUGACGUUCCCAAGGCAAUCGUUCCAACCCACGUAGCAUGGUAUUGGUUAGGGGAGAAGACCCAAGUGACUUUCCCACAAAAGAGUUUUCAAACCAAAUUACUUUUUCUUUCUUUCAUUUCAAUUGGCAAACCUUUAAACCAAAGUUUUAUCGCUAGAUAAUGAUUUCAUCAACGAAAGUAGGGGUAGAUGGACCAGCCCUGGCCGAUAUAUAGAUACUUGCCCUAUACUGCACUCGAUUAGAGUUUAAAAACUUGAGCUCUAAUUGGGGUUUAAUUGUGGUGUAGUUUCAUGCGAGUCAAUUCCAUUUCUGUCUAGUCUUACUAUUAUUACUGAACCAUUUCAUUUGAUUCAUACUGAUCUUAGGGGACCCAGUUCAGUUACUUCUCGCAAUGGGUACAAGUACUUUGCUCUCUUUGUUGAUCGUGCCACCUAAUUUACUUGGGUAUAUUUCUUACGGUUUAAAUCUGAGAUCCUAUUUGUUGCCACAGAAUUUCUGAAAAAUGAUCCAGACUCAAUUUGAUAGGACCGUCCGUGUAGUCCGUUCCGAUCCCGGUGGUGAGUUUAGUUCCACUCCUUUUCUCAAUCUUUAUAAAUCUCUUGGGAUUCUCACCCAAUAAAUCUUGUCCUGAAGUCUCUCAACAGAAUGGUUUAGUUGAACGUAAUAAUCGUCAUGUCUUAGAGGUCACUAGAGCUCUUUUGUUGGCAUCUCAUGUUCCUUCUUCUUUUUGGCCUGUGACUGUAGCGACUGCUGUCCGUUUGAUUAAUUAUCAAAUUACACCGGUUUUGGGUCAAGUCACUACGUUUUUCAAACUCUUUGGUAAACAUCCUCCCUACUCUAGUCUUCGUGUCUUCGGUUGUAUGUGGUUUGUCCUUCUGCCUUGUUCUGAACAAACCAAAUUGACAUCCAAGACUGCUCGGUGUGCUUUCCUUGGCUAUAGAGAUAUUCAUAAGGGCAUAUGUUAUGAUCCUCAACUUCUUCCUGUCCGUAUUACCUGCGAUUUGGUCUUCUUUGAAAAUGUCAUGUUCAAUUCGUCCUCGUCUGAAUCCACCCCACUAUUUGAUGUCUCCCUUCGUCCUCCCUCUUUUCCCGAUGAUGAUGAUGCUGCUGGCAAUUUUCCCGACCUGGAGCCAACCCACAGUCCGCUACCCCCUUCACAAGCACCUAGUUCUCUUGCCUAGUCUUCCAGCGUCGCCUAGCUCCUCUUCGCGCAUGUCUUCUUCAGCUUCAUCCGAUUCCAUCAGCGCUACCGGGUCCUCUUCAUCCACUGUGGGAGUUGCUCCACCAUCCAGCCCGCUUGUCCCUCCUGUUCGUUGUUCCAAUCAGGGUAACCUAGGGGUGCCACCUCCUUUUUUCAACGAUUAUUUUUCCUUUCAAGUUGCUCCGAUCUUCAUUCCUACCCGCUACUCUCUGGCCCAGGGUGAUCCUCGUUGGGAUGCUGCGAUGACAGAGGAAAUUUUGGCCCUUCAUGUCAAUCAUACGUGGGAUAUUGUUCCGCGCCCUCCUCCUGAGAUCCCGGUUGUUGGCAUCAAAUGGGUGUAUAAUAUCAAGGUCCGGCCUGAUGGUUCUUUGGAAUGCUUUAAGGCUCUAGUGGUGGUGCAGGGGUUUACUCAGAAGUAUGGCAUUGACUUCGAGGAUACUUUUGCUCCAAUAGCUAAGAUGGUUCUUACCAUUCGCCGGCAGCGUCUAUCCACCACUACCUCCGACGGCUGCCAAAAUCAACAAAAAAUACAUAUUUCUAGAUCUCAACUUGCCAACUCCCGUGGAAGACACCGAGUUUAGUGUGAGCGUGGUUUUGAUGCUUAAAUCCCUCCGAAUUCAGGGUAGGGUCGGUAACGAAAUCUUGAAUAAAUGGAGGAAGGCUGAGCGAGAAAGGGAGAGAGGAGAGCGAUGGUGAUGGGUAAUUAGUGUCUCCACAUGAAAGCAAUUUUGAGCGGUUGGUGGUUCUCGAUCAAUCACAUUUGGGGUUGGCGGGGAUGAAAGCAAUUUUGAGGUAGUGGAGAGCAUCGGGAAGUUAGGGUGGAGUUUGAAUUGGGGAAGAGGUAUGAUAGGAGGAAGAUGGGCGGUGGAAGUGGUAACGGAAGGGAGGAGGGUUGGUCUGAUUGCGAUUUUUUCCUUUUUGCAUUUUCUUUUUUAAACUAUAUUAUGAGAUGAUGAAUGAUUUUUUAUAAAAAAAAUUAAUCCACAUUGUUUGGUGGGGACAAUAAAUCGCCAACUCAGCAUAUUCCGUCUGUCCAGUCACACAUUUAACUAACAUCGUUAAAAGAAUGAACGGAAUUGGCUAUUUUGUGUUUUCCGAUAGUUAUGGUUAUAUUUGUCACAAAUGUGAAAGUUAUCCCUAUACAAGUGUAUUUUGCCUAUUUCUUUCAUAAUAUUAGCAUUUUUGAAUUGUGUAGAAUCCAUAGAUUUGGACUCCAAUUCUACAAUCAAUGCGUAGACAGCUAGACUUUCUACCAAUCGUGCAUGCGCAGCAUAGCACCUCUCAAAUGAGUGGGCUUCAGUUAUGGGCUUCGGCGCUUUGCUGGUGUGCCAUAUCAAAGCGGGCUUAAAGAGGUGACAUUGAUGUUCAUUUGAACCAGACGCACCGGCCCAUAUAUUAGUGUAUCUUCUUUUCCCAUCUCAACUUCUGGUACACAUAGUGACAACGAAUCGGUUGAAAAAACCCGAUAAUAUGUUGUUACCACUUACCAAUACCAUAUGGUCAAUAAAUGUUUAGGUGGCAAGUGUUUUUACUCUCUAAUACCCCCUCAAAAAGAAAAGAAAAGAGAAAAGAAAAAGAGGUAAUAAAAUGGGGUAAAUAAAGUAGAGAGUGCCACGAAAAACCAAAGUACAUGCUUUAGGAGGGGUUUAUGGGCACCCAAGCCAACAAAACCCCCACAUUGUUUAGAACUCCUUCACUGCCAAACCUUAAAGAACUAGCAAGAGUUGACCGAGGAAGAGUGCUUAAAGGUAGUUCAUGAUCGGUGAUAGUUGGAAGGGAGAGAUAAGGGUUUUGGUCCAUGCUAGUGGCCUUUGAUUGAAGAGAAGGGUUUAAGUUCAAACCAUGGACCCUUCGGGUUUAGGUUGAAGAUGUAGAACCUCACGUCAUAAUUGCCACCAUCCAAAAAGCCUUUUCCCCAUGUCCAAGCCAAUCGCCAGUCAUAAAUCAAUAAUAAUAGAAAUAAAAAAAUACAUUGAGAUGUUAUAUAUGUGUUACAAGUGCUGAAUAUUUUGAGAGAGAAUGAAUAUGUGUAGAAAAAUAUAAAUAUGCAUCUAUAAUCGGGAGGAUUAGAUUUAGAUAGUAUGAGAACUAUGUCCAUAUAUUAUCCCUAAUUUUCGGGUUUCAAUUUUAUCCUACCACCUAAUAAUUUAUUUAAUUUGAAUUUUACCUUAUGUAAUUGGGUCUGUUUGAGCGAUUAACCAUGUUGUUGGGCAUUUUUGUCACCCUUAGAUACAAACUUCUUACAAGAGAGUACCGGAUAUUACAUUGAUUAUCAUACUAUAAUUAAAUUUUAAUUGUCUAACAUUAAAGGUUGUUUGGAGAAAAAGAUUUCGGUCAUGGACUUACUGAAUUCAUAGAUUCAGACGAAAGUUGAAUUUUUUUUUUUUUUUUGUUUCUAUUUCUAUCGUGGAUUUUACUUUCAUAGAUUUCAAAUCUCUAAUUAGAGAGAUUCUAAAUCUAUAUUAUGAGUUUUUUUCUCAUACUUUUUUCUUCUUCUAUAUUUAUUUAUUUAUCCCACUGAAUACUCUUAAAAAUAAAUUUUCAAUAUUUCU